UGAAAAAUCACGUCAAAACUUAAGACUAUUCACAGUUGUUUAUCCGUAUGAUUAGGGGUGGUUAGGCUAUUGUCAAAUAAUACUCGGAAUGAGUACGCAUAUUAUAAGCAACAGUUGGGUUACUUUUUCAAUUAGGAAUGAAAAUGUAUAUUAAAGACCCUUUCGGUUUCGUUUGGAUUCGGAAAUAUAUUUCCUUGACGCGUCAGACGAAGUCAAGCUGUAUUUUCGCUUUCACAUUUUAUUAAGAUACAGUACAUUCUUAUAUUUGAUUUAAUCAUUAUGGCACUUUUCGAGGUAAGUGGUUAUAAAUCGCACGCGGGACUUCGUGGGCAGAUUCUUGGAAAAGGAGUAGGGCAUCUUGUUGACCGACCGAAUCAGGAAUUUGCUGUCCCAGUUGGAGUGGAUCCUUCAGGGUUCCUGAAGUCAUGCAGCCGUGAAGGUGGUGUGUCCAUUGAUCUGAACCACGGAACAACUACACUGGCUUUCAAAUUUCGCCAUGGCGUCAUUGUGGCUGUGGACUCCAGGGCCUCAGCCGGCAGCUACAUUGCGUCGAAGGAGGCUAACAAGGUGAUAGAGAUCAACCCUUACCUGCUGGGGACCAUGUCUGGUAGUGCUGCUGACUGCCAGUACUGGGAGAGACUGCUGGCUAAGGAGUGCAGGCUGUACAAACUGAGGAACAAGCAGAGGAUCUCAGUGUCUGCAGCCUCCAAGCUGCUGUGUAACAUGAUGCUGGGUUACAGAGGCAUGGGCCUCUCCAUGGGCAGCAUGAUCGUUGGCUGGGACAACAAGGGCCCUGGUUUGUACUACGUGGAUGAUAACGCCACACGUCUCUCUGGUCGUAUGUUCUCUACUGGUUGUGGUAGCAGCUAUGCGUACGGAGUGAUGGACAGCGGCUACCGCGAGGACAUGACGGUAGAGGAGGCGUACGAGCUGGGCCGCCGUGGCAUCACCCACGCCACGCACAGAGACGCCUACUCUGGAGGAGUGGUCAACCUGUACCACAUGCAGGAGGACGGCUGGAUAAAGGUGUGUAAGGAGGACGUAUCCGAACUGAUCCACCGCUAUAGGAAGGGCAUGUUCUGAUCCCAGAUCAGUUUCUACACCCACACAGACACACUGUGUUCUCUAUCAACUGAUCCCAGCACUGCUCCAAAUAAAGACCGUUUUCAAACUGCA